CCUAUCUUGUCCAUUUCCAUCAAUAUGCCCACUCUUAGUCAAGUCCGUCAAUCCAACACGACCUUGGGCGCUGGUCGCCCACACAUGGUCGCCGUCUUCGUCGGGGGCACCAGUGGCAUCGGAGAGGCCACGGCCAAGCAGUUGGCGCUGACUGUGAAGAAGCCCACCAUCCAUCUGGUUGGUCGAAAUGGGGCUUCCGGGUCCAGGAUACUGGAAGAACUCCGUGCCUCCAACCCAGAGGGAUCCUUCAACUUCAUCCAGUCGGAUCUCUCACUGCUGCGUAACGUUGAUGAAGCCUGUGCGGAAAUCCAGCAACGGGAAAAGCAAAUCGAUCUUCUCUUCAUGUCCACCGGCCAUCUAGCGAUCUCGAAAAAUGACACCGAGGAGGGCCUGGACAACAACCAUGUCCUUCGCUAUUAUGCCCGCAUGCGCUUCGUGAACAAUCUCCUGCCGUUGCUCAGGGCCUCCCAGGGCCCAGCUAGGGUCGUCUCCAUCCUAGCCGCGGGUCAGGAAGGCUCGAUUAAAGAAGAAAAUUUCGACCUGACCAAGUCGUGGACAUUUAUGAAAUCGAAUACAUACGCCGCAACCCUGAACUCUCUAGCCAUCGAGCACCUCGCCGCCGCCAAUCCGACUAUCAGUUUUAUUCACGCCUUCCCUGGAGUUGUGCGAAGCCCCUUGAUGAAGUCUACAUUUGGCAACUUCGCCGGGUCGGUUCUCGGCAUCCUUUCUCGUCCGAUUUCUAUGACGUUGGAGGAAAGCGGCGAGAGGAAUCUAUUCCUCUCAACAUCUGCAGCCUAUCCACCUGCUGCGCCGAAGGAUCCAUCUCACUCGGGUGUUCCGUUGGCUGAAGGAGUGGAGACGGCGGCUGCGUCGACUGGCAAAGUCGGGGGAGGAUCAUAUAUACUGGCCUAUGACGGAAGCAAUGCCACCAGGGAGAAGCUGAUGGCCGAUUAUCGGGGCAAGGAGUUUCCCAGCAAGGUCUGGAAUCAUACCAUCGAAACCUUUAAGCGGGUGUUGCCGUCUAAAUGA